UUCUUCUUCUUCUUCUGAGAGAAGAGAGAGAGAGUUAAGAGUAGUCAGCCAUCCCAUCACCCACUCACCCAGUCACCCACACAUCCCAUCACCCACUCACCCACACACCCAUCUCAUCACAGGGUAGGGCAGUUCAUAGGUACAUGGCACAGACCGUUAAGAAUCUAAUAUAAAUACUCUGAGGAGGCUCUGGCAGGGGUCUGGAGGCUGGCUAAGGAUGAGCUAACAGAUAUAUUAACUCACUGAAGAGGAGAGGGAAGAGUUAACUAAGGAUGUAGAGGCAAUAGAUGAGGGUAAGAACAGCAGCAGAUGUUGUAGUGGACAGUUUUGGACAAGAAAGUGACGAAGUGGUACCUGAACAUGAGGGACGGCUGGAAAAAAGGAAGGAGAAAGAAGGAAGCCCUGUGGAGUGUGACGCAGAAUAAUAUUAAUAGCCUCAUCUUGGGAUUAAUGUGAUGAGCUACAAGUAGAGAACAUUGAACAAAAUAGAUAACUUAUGGAAAAGAUCAAAUAAGGAGUUAGGUUUUUAGUUAAGGAAAGAUUCAAAAUGGCUGGAUACAAUGUGGUGAUGGACUAGCAGAUGCAUUAAUAAUUAGAGUCCAAAAUAUACCAGGCAAAAAGAUGAUUCAAAUUAACUGACAUACCAAGCAAUUAAUUAGUGAAAUCAGUCUUUGUUGACUCUUUCAAAGCCUUUCAGUUUGUCGACCUUAGUAUACUGUUAGGAAAAAGAGCGAUAUUAAGACAUGAGGUAUAAGCACUCCUGGUUCAAAGGCUAUUUGACUGAUAGUGUGUGUGUGUGUCUGUCCUAAAUUUGUAAUGAUGGUUUUGGUCCCUCAUCAGUCAUUGAGGGUGGUUGCCUAACUACAGAUAUAGCACAAAUAGAACGACUAACAAAACUCAAAGACGAUGACCAUUAUUAUUAUUUCUAUUAUUAUUAUUAUUAGUAGUAGUAGUAGUAUUGUAUCACGGUAUUUAAUAAUAGAGCCUCAACUUAUACUAGUCUUGCCUGAAAAUCUCUCGUUUUCUAUCAUUCUCCCAUCCUGCAGGCCUGAGCCCAGACCGAGACCCAGAGAAAUGUAAACAAACGCAGAGUCAGACUAUAUAUACGGGUGAAUUUGUUGCUUUUUAGAGCGGCAGUGGAUCUGUACAUGAGUGAGGUGGCGAGGGGCGUGGCCAGGGGGCGGCUAGCAGCGUGUGCCACCAGAGAAAUGUGUAUGAACAUAAAAAAAGGCGCCCGUCAAGAAAGACACAGAUGCAGGGUGGUGAGGCAGUGUUCAUCCCAGGGGCACACCACACAGGGUCAGCAACACAGAUGGUGGUGGAGAGGCACCUGUGGGACGCCCAGGGGAACACCAAACACGACCUUGACAGACAGAAGAGCACACCCUUGACCUCCAUGUCCACCCAGCAGGAGGAAGAUCUGGACACCUGUUACUCCUCUGGUCCCUCCCUUUGCCUCGCUGGGCUGGCCAGGUCAGGGGAGGGGAGAGACCAUGCUCGCUUCUACGCAACGACCUUGAAGACGGGUCACGGCAUCCUCUUCUGGGUGGCUCAGGUGGUCAUGCCGGGACUCGACUUGACGGGGUGGCUUUCCUUUGAGACUGUGCUGCUGCAUGGCCUCCAGGGUGAUGGUGGCGGCCACAAGACGUCCAAGUCCUGGGGCAGUGUGAUAGACCCCCUGGAUGUCAUCAGUGGGGCGUCCCUGGAGGUGUGUGACUUGCUGGUGCUGUGUGUUCUGUACUGGUGUUCAUUGGCUGUGGUGAGCAGUACCUUGACAGCAGGUACUGUGCGAGAGGGUGGAGGGGACCCUGAAUGCGGAAGAGGUACUCGCUUGUCUCGUAUGAAGUCCCCCACAGGCAUCCCAGAGUGUGGAGCUGAUGCCCUUUGGUCCACCCUGUGCUCCACCAGCUUCAGGAAACCGUCACCCCAAACAAUGAGUGGUGGAGGGUGCGUUCUGCGUUGACAGCCAGCAUGAGCGGUGACAGGAGCCAUGGGUGCCUUGCCUCCUCGCACCACCACCACAAGCACCACCACUCCUGCCAUCACCUACAAGGGGGAGACUGUGAUGUGGCUGCAGGUGGAUAGGUUCGGAGGCCUCCAGAGAGCUGCCCAGAGUGAAGCUUGUG